AUGGCCGUCGGGCUGGAGGUAGAGCGGGUCCCCGGUCACAGUGUCGUCGUGUGGGACAGAGGCGGCGGCGCGCGGGAUGGAGGCGGCUGCCGUCGCGGCAAUGGUCUUCGGAUCGCGGGGAAGGAGGCGGCGACGCGCUCCAUUCGAGGCUGGCGGCGGCGCGCUCCAUUCGAGGCCAGCGGCGGGGGGAAGGGGCGGCGACGCGAUCUGUCGAGGCUGCCAUCACUGGGGACGGAGGCGGAGCGGCGUCGAUCCCCAAGUGCCGCCGUCGAUCCCCAACCUGCUCCUGCCGCUCCUUCGCUCCUUGACCUAAACCGCCGCCGCCGUCGAUCCCCGGCCACCUCCCCCUCCGCCGCCCCGCCGCCCCCACCCAAGCCCGCCCCGCCGCCGAGCCGCACGGCGCUCGACCUCUCCAUCGCGUUCGACCCGGCCAACAAGGUCAGCGUCUCCCACGCGCUCGGCUCGGGCGGGUGCCGGGUCAAGUACUCCUACGCGCACGGCGCCGGCCGGCUCACCACCCUCGAGCCCACCUUCGACACCGCCAAGAACGCCUGGGUGUUCGCCGUCGCCAGGAGGUUCGACGGCGGGGACGCCGUCAGGGGCACCUACCAGGCCUCCACCAAGCAGCUCGGCCUAGAGUGGACCAGGACCUCCAGCAUCGGCGGAUCAUUCAAGGUAACUAUCACGGGAUCCGUCCAUCUAUCCUAUUGCUUAUCUGUGCUAGUAUGCUUACAAGUUGGAAUGGCCCAAGUGCUUGAGGGCGUGCAACCAUGCCGCGAACUGCACAUAGUGAUUGGAACAAGAAUUGCUAAUCUAAAUUCAGAUGCACCACAUUCCUCAUGAGUAAACGCAAGCCACCCAAUUUUUCUGCAGAACAUCUACAAAUGAUGUAGAGGGAAUUGUUUGUUUAUUAUUAAUUAAUACAAUACAGAAUAUCCUACUUCUGUAUGGAACCGAAAUGGUUCUGCGUAUUAAUGGGGAAAAGGCUGUUGAAGUUGGGGAACUAGAGUAGUGAUGGAAGCAGCUGGAGUAAAACUAUUCGUUAUACAUGGUUCAUUAUUUCCUUGAAGAAUUUCAGAUACAUAACAAGCCC